AUGACGUCACAAUCUGCGAUCUCAAAAGUGACAUGACCAUUUACGUUUCGUUUCGCUUUAUUUGUAUUUACAGUUAGUCUUUUACCACUUACAUUAUUACGGUUAGGAAAAAUGCUCUCUGGCAGUCAGCUCCGCUUCGAAGCCUCUUGUCCAGCGUUCGCCUUGAAUUUCCGAAAUGUGGGCGUCUACCUUUGGUCAUUCUUUCUCGACCGCUUAGCCGUGAUGGUGAUUCUUUGAGUGGUCGUCCACCAGCGCUACCCCAGAAUUCUCGUCAUGAGAAGAACAUAUGCCGACCGUUCCGCUAUGCAUCGGACAAUCCGCACUUCACUGUCGAGAACUCGGCCAAAUUUAAAGGCGCCAAAAAAGAUGCCUUAUUUCGUUUUUGUUAUGCUUUUCAUGCUCCUAUUCUUCUUUCAACAAUGGGCGAGUCGAGCUGCUCGACGAUCGCACCAAAUACCGUUAGAGAACUUCGUCGAAGAAGUCGCUACUCAUGACGGUUUGAUCCCCUCAAAAGAAGGACCAUCCCAGAAAUUACCUCAAUGGAUUCAGAGUUAUCUUCGUUGGCAUCAAUCUGUUCGAGCUCAGUUUCCAGGUGACCUUCUUUUUACGGAUCCCGCCGCUCCAAAUUUGCUGCUGAGGACCUGUUUGGGACUUUGCGGAGGACUGAAUGAUCGACUUGGUCAGCUUCCGUGGGAUUUGUACUUGGCAAACCAAACAAACCGGAUUCUAUUGUUGUAUUGGCAUCGACCGGUACCCCUCGAAUCUUUUCUCAUUCCGAAUGAACUAGACUGGACCGUCCCGAAAACGCGCCCGGGAUUCUUUCCAUCUCCCGGAUCCAGAAUCGUUUCUCGCGGAGACAUGGUCUUGGCUCGAGAUAUUCCUGAGCUAUUUGCAGACUUCAACUCGGAACAGCCAACGGACCAGUUUUGGAGCACUCAUAUGGAUGUGGCAAUAAAUAGAGCUACCGCCGGUCACUACCGGAACCAUAAGGUCCUCCGGCACCGUUUGUUGGGCCAUUUGAACGAAGAUCAGCUGGAAGUAAGGCUCCGCACGCUUGGCGAAACUGACAUGAUUCACUGGACUGAAUCAUUCGGCAAUAUUUUCCGAAUGUUUUUCCGUCCCGCUGCCGCUAUCCAGGGGGAAUUGAACCGGGUAUUCAGUGAUCUACAAAUCACUGCAGGAUCUUAUUCUGCCGUUCACUGCCGAGUGCGACAUCCUAAAGCCUCGCCUGCCCAUGUUUUCGUGAAAGGAAAGAAUGAUGCUUAUCCAGCAGACAAAGCAGGACUACCGUGGAUAGGAGAAACACAAGCUUUCGCAAUUGCCACUGCUACGAAGGCGCUGAAAUGUGCCCGCCAGGCAGCACAAAACCUUUCUGAACCGACGUACUUUUUAUCGGAUUCUAAUGAUUUGGUUCGAUAUAUAGCGCACGAGUUGACAAGUUCCAAAUUCGUUUCCGCCAAUGCUACAAUACUCCACGCUGACCCUGUUCACAGUUCGGCGCUCCAAACUGUGGACUCCAUGCGUAUCGUAGCCAGGGAAUCAUCUCUGGAAAACGCCCACAUCGACCUCCAGAAAGGACGGGAACCUGCGGCGUACUAUGCUACAUUUGUGGAUCUGUUGCUCGCCGUCAACGCACGAUGUGUGACGUACGGUAUUGGCUACUAUGCAGUCCUCGCGACCAAGAUUUCUGGCACGAAAUGUAAGAACCUGUACCAAGAAGAAGCGUGGGGAGGCAGCGAAAACAAACGAAACAAUACACAUGCAUCCAAGUCUGCUGAAGUUUGGUUACAUAUGCUGAUGCGGCAGCAGUUUGGGCGUAAAAUCAGGAGGGCGACGGAUUGGAGUAUGCGGGCUGCUGAUACAGACGCUAGUCUUAAGGUCGGUAUUUGA